GUGUGAUGCAGAGGCGACGCCGAGCGGGUGGAGCUCUUGCCGCGCUCCCGCGUCCUCGGCGAACACACACCCACUAAGCUAAAGCCAGGGGCCGAGCCAACGCCCUGACCUUGAGGCGAUAUCCUAGCACGUCAAGGACAGACGACGCCGCUCGCUGCCAUGCAGGAGUUCCAGUCCAUCCCCGGCCUGGCGGGGCGGCUGUUCGGCGGGGCCGCGGCCGCUGACCUCCGGCGCGCGCAGGCGCAGCAGGGCCCCGGGGCGCGGUGCGGCGGGGUCUCGCCGGCGGCCGCGGCGCCCGAGGCGGUCAAGUGCCCGCGGUGCGAGUCCACCAACACCAAGUUCUGCUACUACAACAACUACAACCUGUCGCAGCCGCGCCACUUCUGCAAGAGCUGCCGCCGGUACUGGACCAAGGGCGGCGUCCUCCGCAACGUCCCCGUCGGCGGCGGCUGCCGCAAGGCCAAGCGAUCGUCGUCGUCGUCGUCCCCCUCCUCCGCACCGUCCACCCCCACGUCGGCCACGGACGCGAAGAACCCGCGCCGCGCCUCUGCGUCCUCCCCGCGCUCCAACAGCGGUAGCGGCAGCGGCAGCGCCAGCCCCACGGCUGCCGUGGCAACGGCCCCGACCACCCCGGCCACGCCGUCGUCGAACAGCAUCGGCCUCACGAGCCACCACACGAACCCCUUCUCGACGGUCGACGUGGCUCCGCCGGCGCCGAUAUUCGCCGACCAUGCCGCGGCGCUGGCGUCCCUCUUCGCGCCGCCCCCGCCGCCGCCACUCCCGGCGUUCACCUUCACAGCGCAGCCGAAGGAGGAAUCGGCCGCCGCCGCCGCCGCCUCGGCGCAGCAUCUUGCCGGGCAGGCGGUGCCGUCCGAGGCGCCCUCAUCAGUCUCGACCGACAUGACCCCGUUCGCGUCCCUGGACACGUCCGGGAUGUUCGACCUCGGCGACGCGUCGGCGGCGGCGUACUGGAACGCCGGGAGCUGCUGGACGGAUGUCCAUGACCCGUCCAUGUACCUACCCUAGCUCGCCCCGGUUUAGUUACCUAUCGCGAUCCCUAGAUUAAAGCCGUGGUGAAAUGCUUCUUAACGACGACCACGAGCUACGUCUACUACUCCAUCUCCAUCUCCAUGUUCCACUGCCUCUGCCUCUCCAUCUCUGUAACUUCCUCCUCCUUCCGCCUCGUCUUUCUUGAUUUGGCUGCACAGGCUGCGUCCUGCGUGUAAGAAAGCUAACCUCUGUGUGCGUCGUGUCUGCACUCUGCGAGUGGAUCGAUCGUUGUCGCUGCAAUGGAAUUAAUCGCAAUAUUAAUUUCUUUUUUUUCACUCAUAAA